UUUUUCCUGUGCGGCGGUGGGUGGCGAAAAGAAUUCCGCGCCAAAUUUGCGCCCAUUUGCGCUCCUUCUAAGUUUUGGUUCUUGCAUCAAAAAUUUGCUCACCAAGGGUCAAGGAGGCCUGAGAAUUCUUGGUCUGGUAUAAAGAUGGCUUUCCUGCACUUAGGGUACCUGUAACGAGUCUGGUAUUCGCCACACACACCAUUGUCUCCUGUCAACUUCUGAGCUGGACUCAACGAAAAAACCUGACAGACUACAGAAAAUGCAUGCCGCACCUACUGCCGUUCUCCUCCUCUCUAUCAUCCUUGUCAUGGUGAACCAUUCCGUGGCGGUGUCGAUCCCCAAACGCAUUAAAAAUGCUAUGACUCUGUUCACUAGACCGAAACGUGUACCCGCACCAUCUACAGUGUCCACGUCGGGAAUGUACGAUAUUGAUGCUUUCAUGGACGAACAUUGCGAAAGUGGACGUGUAGGGACCCUUUCGGGAUUGAUCGGGAGCGGGCAGCACGAUCUGGAUCGGGAGGGGCAUUAUCUUAUGUUCAUGGCACCCUUCCCUACCGAGUGCGCACUCGAUGUCGAGAUGAGCACGGGCCAGGUUCGGCGAUAUCGACAGAAUUACGAUGAAGGAGAUAUGCUAAAAGGACAUUUCUCAAGUUUAUCCGUGGAAUGCUAAAAAGACGGUGACUUCCUGCUCAUAUUCUGACAAUGAUAUGCGGGAGCCUCUUACUCGAGUUUCCCGGGAACGAGGUGUAGUUCAUGUGUGAAGGAGCAGCCUGCGGGCACCAAGGAGAAGCG